AUGCCUCAACAAAGAACAUGUCAAAAUAAUAAUAAUACCUCAGGCACAACCUCAACGCAAAAGCCUGCUUACACAAUUGAUACUUACGCUUUACAUUUAUCCAAACUCAAUCUUUCUCGUAAUAACGCUCUAUUUUUUUAUAAUACUCUUUCACAAAUUAAUUCUUUCUUCAGCAAAUCGAGUAAUGAAUCGUUUAUUAUUAAUCCUUCAAGUUCAGUUCCAGUUGUAUGCGAUACGACACCCGGUUAUUGCACUCUUAAUAACCAUCGUGCUUCAGUUAGUGAAUUUCUUGCUAAGAGGAAUUACGACGCUGUUUAA